UCUGACUACUUCAGUCGCUGCGUUCAACAAGUCAUGGUGGUCUUCAGUUGAUUAAGAAAAAUUUGAGCUGCCCAUUUUUUCCCCAUUUAGUCUACUGCCGUUCAGUUUUAUUCGCGGUCUCUUGAAGCGGUUAGAUUGGAAGUUUCCUGUUAUCUGGCUGUUUCAUGAAUAAUCAUUUUCCAGGUCGUCAAUUCUCAACUUUACUUGAUUCUGUUAAAUUAAAACCCAGCUCUUUAAAACCCUUCAAUGAUGGGAUUUCAAGGAGAAGGAAUUGGUAUCCAAUUCCAAUACCCUUCAGAACAAUCCCUGAACCCAGAGGUCAAGACCUUGACUUUGUGAAUGUUGCACAUAGCCACCUUAUUCACUCUGAUUGGGAUAAGCUCAAUGCUUUGUCAACUCAUUUGACCCCAUUUAGGGUUAAGCAUAUUCUGUUGAGGAUUCAAAAGGACCAUGUUCUUUCUCUUGAGUUCUUCAAUUGGGUUCAAACUCAAAAACCCACUUCACAUUCCCUUGAAACUCGGUCAAUGAUUCUCCACAUUCUAACCAGAAACCAGAAGUUUAAAUCCGCAGAAUCUGUCUUGAGGAGUAUUAUUGCGUCUGGUUCAUUGGAAUUCCCGGCUAAGUUGUUUGAUUCGAUUCUGUAUUCUUAUCGAAUAUGUGAUUCUUCUCCUCGUGUAUUUGAUUUAUUGUUCAAGACUUAUGCACACACAAAUAAGUUUAGGAAUGCUACAGAUGCUUUUUGUCGAAUGAAGGAUUAUGGGUUUUUCCCUACUGUUAAGUCUUGUAAUGCAUAUUUGAGCUCGUUGCUUAAUUUACAUAGAGUGGAUAUUGCUUUGGGAUUCUACAGAGAGAUGCAGCGUUGCAGGAUAUCUCCCAAUAUAUACACUUUCAAUAUGGUUAUUCAUGCAUUUUGCAAGUCAGGAAAGCUUGAGAAGGCUGUGGAGGUGUUGAGAGAAAUGGAGAUUGUUGGUUUUAGUCCUACCAUUGCAUCUUACAAUACGUUGAUUAGAGGGCAUUCUGACAAGGGUCUAAUGAGCUUGGCUAUGAAGCUUAAAAACUCAAUGGAGAAGGAUGGUGUGCUUCCAAAUGUGGUUACUUAUAACACCCUUAUAAAUGGUUUUUGUAAGGAAGACAACUUACAUGAAGCAAACAAGGUUUUCAAUGAGAUGAAAGCCCUGAAUGUGGCUCCAACUGUUGUAACUUACAAUACUUUGAUAAAUGGGUACAGCCAAGCACGUAAUAGUGAGAUGGGCAACAGGCUUUUUGAGGAGAUGUCAAAGAAUGGAGUUAAGGCUGACAUACUGACUUACAAUGCAUUGAUACUGGGACUAUGCAAAGAGGGUAAGACAAAGAAGGCAGCUUAUCUGGUUAAAGACCUUGAUAGAGAGAACUUAAGUCCGAAUGCUUCAACAUUUUCUGCCCUUAUUAGCGGGCAGUGUCUCAGGAAGAACUCUGACCGUGCAUUCCAGAUUUACAAGAGCAUGGUCAGGAGUGGUUUCCAUCCAAAUGAACAUAUUUUUAAUAUGUUGAUUUCUACCUGUUGCAAGAAUGAGGAUUUUGAUGGAGCAGUGCAGGUAUUGAAUGAUAUGAUUGAUAGAUCAGUGGUUCCUGAUUCAGGUAAUUUAUCUGAGCUCCACAAUGGACUUUGCCAAUGUGGUAAAGAUCAAUUGGCAAUGAUCCUAUUCAAAAAGCUGGAAGAUAGACACCUGAUGCCAGAUGCUUUUGAUAAAUCCAAAACUAUCAGAUUCAGACCAGAAAAGGAGGGCAAGACAUUUUGAUAUAACUUGUAGAAUUCCAUAUGCUCUGAGGCUCAGGCCAUUACAAUGCUUUUCUUCAUGUCAAAAUUUCCUGCUUUGAUCCUAUAUCUGGAAGCUUCCACUGACAGUGGUAUGGCAAUUGAGCAAGCAGUAAUUUAAUAUUUGGGAUAUUGGAAAAUUUGCAUACAGGCAUCCUCCUAUCAUCUCCAAGUGGAAUAUAUUCAGAUUUUGCUAUGGAAGAAUCAAGUGAUUGACCUCAUUGAAACCAAUCAGCAUUGAUCCAUUGCCUGAGGUUGUCGUCAACACCCCCUUUGAGUGUUUUGCAAACUCUUUAUAGCUGGCAUUGCUGCUUUAACGGAUGAAGAAAUUUGAGCAAAGGUGGGGGUUCAAUGUUGUUCUGCGUCAAUGGUCAGAUGAACUGCUGUUUUGUCUGAUUUAAAGACUAUGUGGUAUGUGCUGUUGGUUUCCAUCUCUGUGUUUAAUUCUGUCUUUUAUUCAAAAGAAAAUUGUAGCAAAGAGUGACUAUAAUCAUUAGAGGUGCUUCAAGUUUUUCAGCUGGUUGGACACCAGGAAGUUCUCUUCCAGGUGCAUUUCUGUUUUUGCUGAAUGCACUUUGACAAAGGAGCAAAAGGAACAUAAGGUGUGGCUAUUAAGUGCAAGCCAUUCUUCCUCCUAACAUUUACUCCGAAGGACUCUCUCAUGUCAAGUUGUUCAGGUCUAAGCCCAUUUGGCAGUUUCCAAUUGAAUUGAUACAAAAACAAGGCAAGUGGAAGUUCGAUAUUUGCAAUACCGAAGGAGAUGCCUGGACACAUCCUCCAACCAGCUCCGAAUGGGAUGAACUCAAAGUUUGCCCCUUUGAAAUUGAUGGAAGAAUUAUGAAACCUUGCUGGUUCAAAGCGCCCAGGAUUAUUCCAGUAUUCUGGAACUCUUCCUAUUGCUCAUGCGUUAACGAUGCAUCUAGUCUUGAUAGCUAUUUCGUAUCCUUCUAUUUCGCAUCUUUCCCUUGCUUCUCUUGGCAGUAGUAAAGGAGCAGGAGGAUGGAACCUCAGAGUUUCUUUGAUAACUAAUUUCAAUUCUGACAUAGCCCAUUCCAUGGUUGUCGAUGAAGUAUCACCGCCUGCAGUAAACAUAUCCUGGAAAGAGAGAAGGAAAGAGUUUCAAUGUGAAACUUCAACGAUGGACAAAGUAAAAAUGCAAAAGGUGAAACCUAAUGCAGUGAAAAGAAAAGAUAUGGCAGCUCCAAAAUCAGAAUAUUAGUAUUAUGUACCCUGAGGUUAUUGUAAUUUUAUUAUUUAUCAAAAUUAAUUAUUUGGCUGCA